GAAGGAGGGGUUGGGAUUGGGGUAGAAAAAAUAGGAGUAGAUAAAUUGUUUCGAUUAUCUUUUUGGUUAUCGUCCUCGUUGUCGUUGUCGUUGUUGUCGUUGUUGUCGUCGUCGUCGUCAUCGUCGUCGUCGUCGUCAUCGCCGUCGUCGUUGACGUCAAAAUCAAAAUCAAAUCUACCUGUCAGGGUUGACGUAUUCAGCCGAUGUUAAGUGACAAGAGGUUCGAAAGUGACGCACUGGCGGCGGAGGGUGAGCGCCGUAGCAAUGGGAGUGCCGUGGUUCCGUCAGGCCCGGUAGUGGUGUUGUCGUCGUCGUCGUCGUCGUCGUAUGUUAUACCAAGCUAUGGAAUUGGAAGCGUUUCUUCUAAUGUCGGUAACGAUCAAGGAUUCAUCUUCGAGGGUGUUGGUACGAGGACGACAAUGACAACGAUGACAACGACGACGACGGCGACGAGUUUACGCCGCGCAGCUACCGCGGCGGUAGGUGGCGGAAGUUUUUGCACAGGAAGUCAGGCCCCAUCGGCUGUCGGAGCCGUGGUGGUCAUGGGUACUGGCACUGGUUGCAACACCGGUGAACGGACCGGAUCAACCUAUCAAAAGGAAGUUCGAUACGCGCCAACGAACGUUUGUUCGGUGUUAACGGCGGGCAUAUCACCGGGCAUUGUAUCAUCCUCGGCUCUUUCACCGGCUAUUCCGUCGGCUAUUCCAUCGGCAAUCCCGUUGGGCGUCGGUGGCCUGAAACCAACGAUCUCGGUUCCUCCACUGGCCACACCACCGGCUACUGUCGGUGGGGCCUUAGUUCAAACAGGACAAGUCUCGAUACUGCAACAGCAACAGCAGCAGCAACAGCAACAGCAACAACAACAACAACAACUACAACUGCAACAGCAUCAGGGCCAAGUGCAACAAAGUUCGGGAGGACCGCCACCACCACCGCCACUACCGCCCCUGCCGCUGCAGAUGCAGCAGCAGCGUGCCUUCUCGAGGUCGAUGACGUCCCUACCGCCGGAACCGUUCAUGAUAAUGCGUUCUAAGGCUCUCAAUCGACGGGUCUCGAUCAACGUCGGUGGGGUCAAGCACGAAGUUCUAUGGCGUACCCUCGAGAGGUUACCGCAUACUCGUCUCGGACGUCUCCGCGAUUGCAAUACCCAUGAGGCGAUCACCGAACUAUGCGACGAUUAUUCCCUCAUCGACAACGAGUAUUUCUUCGAUCGGCAUCCCAAAUCGUUUAGUUCGAUUCUCAAUUUUUAUCGUACUGGUAAAUUACAUCUCGUUGACGAGAUGUGCGUUUUAGCGUUCAGCGACGAUCUCGAGUAUUGGGGCGUAGAUGAGCUAUACUUGGAAAGUUGUUGCCAACAUAAAUAUCAUCAACGGAAGGAGCAUGUUCACGAGGAGAUGCGCAAAGAGGCCGAGUCACUCAGGCAGAGGGAGGAAGAGGAGUUUGGUGAGGGACAAUGCGCCCAGUAUCAAAAGUGGCUCUGGGAUCUUCUUGAGAAGCCAACCACUUCCAUCGCUGCUAGGGUGAUAGCCGUGAUUUCGAUACUCUUUAUUGUGCUUUCGACGAUCGCACUAACUCUCAACACAAUUCCUAGUAUGCAAGUGAAUGACGAGAAGGGGAACUUUCAAGACAAUCCGCAACUAGCCAUGGUGGAAGCCGUGUGUAUAACAUGGUUCACCCUCGAAUACAUGCUUAGGUUCAGUGCUUCGCCGGACAAAUGGAAAUUCUUCAAAGGCGGUCUCAAUGUGAUUGAUUUAUUGGCAAUACUGCCGUACUUCGUGUCUCUGUUCCUGGUCGAGACUAACAAGAACGCGACCGACCAAUUCCAAGAUGUACGCAGGGUAGUGCAGAUCUUUCGUAUUAUGAGGAUCUUAAGAAUUUUGAAGUUGGCUCGACAUUCUACCGGGCUACAGAGUCUUGGUUUUACAUUACGUAACUCGUAUAAGGAGCUGGGCCUGCUGAUGCUCUUCCUGGCAAUGGGUGUCCUCAUAUUCUCUAGUCUCGCAUACUUCGCUGAGAAGGAGGAGCCCGGGACCAAAUUCAUAAGCAUUCCAGAAACCUUUUGGUGGGCAGGCAUCACGAUGACCACCGUCGGAUACGGCGACAUCUACCCCACGACCCCGCUCGGCAAGGUGAUCGGCAGUGUGUGUUGUAUAUGUGGUGUCCUGGUAAUCGCGUUACCCAUUCCCAUUAUCGUCAACAACUUCGCUGAGUUCUACAAGAAUCAGAUGAGACGGGAGAAGGCCCUUAAGAGGCGGGAGGCUCUUGAAAGGGCUAAGAGAGAGGGCAGCAUCGUUUCUUUCCAUCACAUCAAUCUGAGGGAUGCUUUCGCCAAGAGCAUGGACCUUAUCGACGUCAUCGUUGAUACUGGUCACAACAUGUCUGGGGUAGAUGGUAACAGUACGGAAGGUGAAUCCGCAUGCGGUCGGGCACCAGCACAAACCGGUCCAGGUUGCUAUCGUAAUUAUGAGCAUUACAGUCUCUCCCGGCAUCGUCGUAGCACGUCGUCCUGUUUCCCGAAUCUGCCGAAUGACCUACCGACGACACCGGAUAGUCCGAAUCGUCGUUUAUUGGACUUCGCACAGAGCGUACCCGGGACACAGAACGACGAUUAUUUCCACGACGAGGUACCGGCGCAGAACGCUAAUCAAGGAAAUACUACACCCAGCGAUGAAGAGAAAAAAGAGAGCAGAAAAUUCGAGAAAAUUGAUGAAAUACCUAGCGAAUUCGAGUGUUGCUUUUGUACUACGAAGGAAUACAAAGAGUUCAGAGACGCCGAGAACAUAAUGCCAUUGGCGACCAGCGACUUUCGUAAUCCCGUUUGUCAGGAGCUACGAUCUCUAAGAUCUGCAAGCGGUAUUGAUCGAAUAGGAUCAAUUUUUGCUAUCGAAACGAAGACAUCACCGUUGCAAGCACCCGACGUAUCGUCUUCUUCUACGUUCGGCAAAGUUUAUAACGAGCAAGGAAGUGUCGAUAGUUCUGACACUUAUGCUAGUUGUCAAACGCAUCCGUCGCAUUCUCAGGGGGAUCUAACGGAAGAGGCGGACAGCAACCUUUACAUUAAUCCUUUAGAAGCAGCCGACAAGUGUGCUGGUGGUGGAGGUGGUGGUAGUGGUGUUGGUAGUGUUGGUAGUAAUAACGUUACUACGACAGGAGUUGGGUGUGGUAGUGUUGGUAGUGUCACUAGUGUUGGAAUUGGUGCUGGAAGAGUGAAGAAAUCGGUUUCCGGAGAAGUUGGCCGUAAUGUCAGCGAUGUAUCACCCACCGUGGAAUCUCUUAAAGAUAUUCGUCUCUUCAACGAGCCCAGUAAAGUUGCCCUCAACGACUCCAUACCUAAACAUAGAAAAAUUCGUAUUCAGCAGAGCGGCAGACCCCGUGCUCAAUUUAUCUGCGACCAGGAUAAUACAUCGACUCGAAUCACCUUAAAAGAGAUGGAAAACAAUAACAAUCAUUAUGGAGGACUACGCGGUGGACGACCAUUCGCGUUCGGACCGACAAACGGCCUUGCAUCCGCAACUCGCAUAAUCAAUCAACAUUUCUUCGGAUCGAUUAGCGGUCCUAGGCAUUACAAUACAGGCGCAAACACUGAAAGCAAACUCUCAUUGUCAGCGGACUCGAUAGACAGUGAAGGUGUACCGUUCAUAGAAAAACAUCGUAUAGCUAAAUCGAUCUUGAAGAAAUCAGAAAGUAGCAACAAUUAUUACAACAAUGUGGGCGACUCCGAUACGGAAAAAUUAAUAACCGAUAAUACAUCAAUGGGUAGCAUGUGUGAUAAUGAGACCCGUCCUAAACAACAACAACAACAGCAACAACUGCAACAACAAUCACAACAACAACAACAACAACAACAACCGGUUUCACCACUUUUAUCGAGACAAGUUCUCGAAUCAAUUUUUCGAACAAACAACAACGCUGAGAGAGAUUUUUCGGGUGAUCAAACAGAUGGGAAGAAUUGUGUUGCUAAAAUACCAAGAUUGCUCUUUGACGAUGUCUUAGAAGAAGAGAAACAUGCGCGCGACGAGACAGUGGCGGAAAAUAAAAAUAAAGAAUCAGAAGAACACAAGCAACGUACAAAAGUACACACAGAAGAAGCUUCGAAGGAUAGUCAAACGAUGUUGAUAUGUUCGUUAAGACCUUACAAAGUUGUAAGGAAAUCGGAUGAAAAGAGAAAACCCGUAUCGAAUAAAUCGUCAACUACAAGCAGUAGUCAUACUUACAAAAGUUCGGACACGAAUUGUCUUCCUCAGGAAUAUCGUUUCUCAUCGUCAUAGCGACAUUGGUAUAUUCAUUCAUUUUCCUACACUUCUUCUCGCGAAUUUUAUCUACACAAAUAUAUCUAUUAUUUUUUCAAUUAAGAUUUAAUCCUCUAUAAUAGCAUUUUUAUCGGGGGGAAAAAAAAUAAGAACAAAAAAAUCAUUCCUAUUAUAAAAUUUUCUUUUUUACUAUACU